AUGGAAAAUCCACAUGGAAUUCCACUUGGCCAUGUGGAUUUUCCGCAUGGAAUUCCACAUGACCGAGUGGAAUUCCAUGUGGAUUUCCAUGUGGAUUCACUAGGGAACGUUAUUGAACACGAUGAAUGUCGUAAUUUUAUUGAAACACGUUACGUUGGUCCUGUGGAGGCAUGCUACCGCAUUUUCAGUAAAAAACUACAAGAUAAAAGUCAUUCAGUCUCAAGAUUACCAAUACAUCUACCUAAUGAACAACUCGUUAUAAUAACAGAAAAUGAAGAUGCUAAUUCAAUUUUAGCCAAUUUAAAUAAUUCAAGUAGCAUGUUACUUGAUUAUUUUACUUUGAAUUCUACACACGUCGAAGCACAACAAUAUUAUUAUCGUGAAAUCCCGACACAUUUUACGCAUAAAACAUCAAAAGUGGAUGCAGCAUGUUUAGCAUUAGGAAUCAUUGAAGAUGAUGAUGAAUGGGCCAAAGCUAUGAAAGAAGCAGAAACUUGGAUGAUGCCUAGACGCUUGAGGCAGUUAUUCGUUCGUAUACUGAUUCACUGUCAACCAAUUUAUCCGGAAAAACUGUGGGAAAUGUUUAAAAAACAAAUGUCGGAAGAUUUCGCGCAAGGACGAAGUUUAGCAGAUUUUCCAACAAUGGAACAGAAUGUUAUGGAUGCUAUAGUCCACGACAAUAAUCAUGAUGAAGAUAAUAACCACUUAGAAAUUGGCAAUCGACAAUAUCAAAUGUUAAAUCCAGAACAAAAACAAAUAGUUAAUGAAGUUCUUAUUGCUUCACGUUCAAGUAAUUAUACUGCAUCGAAUAGCUUUUAUAUAGAUGGUCAAGGAGGUUCUGGAAAAACUUUUCUUUACACAACCAUUUAUCAUCUUUUAAUGUCAGAAAACAUCAAAUGCUCUACAAUGGCUUUUACUGGUAUUGCUGCUACUUUGUUGCCAAACGGAAAAACAGAAGGUAUACUUUUAAAAGAAACUAAAGUAUUCAUUUGGGACGAGGCACCAAUGGCUCCGAGAUAUGCUUUGGAAAUUGUAAAUAGAACUUUGAAAUAUAUCAUGAAUAAUGAUCUACCGUUCGGAGGCAAAAUACUGGUUUUAGGUGGUGAUUUCAGGCAGCUAUUGCCAAUUAAAGUAAAAGGAACACGUGAUGAAAUAUUAAAUUUAUCUAUAAAAAACAGUCAUUUAUGGACACAUUUUGUAAAAUACCAAUUACACACAAAUAUGAGAGUUUUACCGCACGAAAUUGAAUUUGCUAAAUAUUUAUUGGAUGUCGGAAAUGGAACAUUAAAUGAUCAGGAUAACAAUAUAGAAUUACCACAACAUUGCAUACUUCCCGGGAAUGAAUGUAUUGUUCAAAACAUUUUUGGUACACUUAUCACAAAUAAAAAAUUUGAUGAAAUAAGUAAUUGUGCUAUUCUUUCUACCAGGAAUGCUGACGUAGAUGACAUGAAUGACAGAAUUACUAAUUUAUUGGAUAAAAACAGUGAGCAUAUAUAUACUGGUAUUGAUAGCACGGAGAAUUGUGAUAAUGGUGAAAUGGGAGAUAUUCUUUUACCAGAGUAUCUUAAUUCAUUAAAUCCACCAAACUUCCCUCCUCAUAUAUUGCGUUUAAGACGAUUUUGCAUAGUUAUGAAAACAUUGAAAAAUCUAAACUAUCCAACAGAUAUCAAUACAGAUCUAUCAAACCUUAAGACUAUAAUACUUAAAAAAUCUGAAGCUAUUCAAGAAUGUUUAAACUGCAUCUAA